GAAGCGCGGAGCGGCGCGGAGCGCGGAGAAGCUUGGGAGAUGCUGAGCUCUCCCUGGGCGCGAUUCUACUCCAACAGCUGCUGCCUCUGCUGCCAUGUCCGCACCGGCACCAUCAUCCUCGGCGUUUGGUACCUGAUUAUCAAUUCAGUGGUCCUGAUGAUUCUGCUGAGUGCCCUGACUGACCCUGACCAGUACCACCUAACCAGUGCUGAGCUAGGGGGGGAGUUUGAGUUCAUGGAUGAUGCCAAUAUGUGCAUUGCCACAGCCAUUUCUCUGCUCAUGAUUCUCAUCUGUGCCAUGGCCACGUACGGAGCGUACAAGCAACAUGCAGCUUGGAUCAUCCCUUUCUUCUGCUACCAGAUCUUCGACUUUGCUCUCAACACCUUGGUUGCCAUCAGUGUGCUCGUCUAUCCCAGCACCAUCCAGGACUACCUCCGCCAGCUGCCCAGCAAUUUUCCCUACAAGGAAGAGAUUAUGUCUGUGAACCCUACCUGCCUGGUUGUGAUUAUCCUCCUCUUCAUAAGCAUCAUUUUGGCUUUCAAGGGGUACUUGAUCAGCUGCGUGUGGAACUGUUACCGCUACAUCACCAGCAGGAACAACUCCGACGUCCUGGUCUACAUCACCACCAACGACACCGCGGUCCUGCUGCCACCAUAUGAUGAUCCUGUGAAUGGAGCUGCUGCUAAAGAUCCACCCCCCCCUUAUGUGUCAGCCUAAGUGAAGAGAGUGCUGUGUACCUAGGGAGGAGGAUAGCUUUACUCUGUGCAGACACUGGAGCUAUAGUUUGAUAAGUUCACUUCCAGGAGAUGACCUCUGGGGUUUAUUCUUUGCUGUUUUGCUGACACAAGGAAACCUGAAUUGUACAAUUUGAACCCUGUAGAUAGUUUUAAUAAUUGGCUGCACCUGCAGUAGUGUUUCAGAGCCUAGUGCCCUACUUUCAGAGCAUUCCUGGGUAGCAUUCAGGUUACAGUAGUCACUUGGAGAGCUUUUAUUUUGCCACCACGUCUGACAGGCAAUGUUAGGGAAGGUAGAACUUUGCAUUCUCAGUCAGGUUCAGAGUGUAACUUUGGAACAUCCCAAAGCAUUGCAAAUGUGUUUCUCAGAUGCCCACUUUCGCCUUCAGAAUACAGAUCAAGUCCUCCCCUCCCC